UGCCGUUACGGGCGAGCGUCACGCAAAGGAUUGUAGGUGUGCGCUCCAUGUGAACUCAGACCGGGAUCCGAAAAGACGAGUGCUGGGCUGCGUGGAUCUCCGACGGGAUCGCCUUGGGGUUUUGUUUGGUUUUUCUGGAUAUUUCUUCAGUAAGACCGUAAAAAUGUCAUCCAAGCAAGAAAUAAUGAAUGACCAGCGGUUUAGGCGGGUUUCAAAGGAUCCCAGAUUUUGGGAAAUGCCAGAAAAGGACCGAAAGGUCAAAAUUGACAAGAGAUUUCGAGCCAUGUUCCAUGACAAAAAGUUUAAAUUGAACUAUGCUGUUGACAAAAGAGGGCGCCCUAUCACCCACAGCACGACGGAAGACCUGAAACGCUUCUAUGACCUUUCAGACUCUGAUUCUGAUCUCUCUGAUGAAGAAAGCAAAGUACUGGACCAAAAGAAAGUAAAGCAGAAAAAGAAACAGACGGAAAAGGAAGUGGAGUCAAAAAUGCUGAUUGAGGAGAAAAAGAAAGAAACCAAAAAAAUUGAUCAGAAGGAUCCUAUAAACAAAAAUGAUUUAGAUAAUUCUGAAAGACUUCAAAAGAUGAAAAACAUGUGUAAAUCUCAAAAGGUAAAUUCAGAAAUAAGUCCCAAAAAGGAUAGUGAAAAAUUUCCACAAGAUACAAAAAAGAAAAAGAACAUCACCGACCACAGUACAGAUUCUUUGUCCAAAGGAAAACCAAGGACCAAAGAUUCCAGUACCCCUGAAAUUGUGAAAUCUCCAACAAUCACUUGUUCUAAGGCAAAAAGAGAAAAGCAAUCAGUGCUUCCGGUCGUUCUGGCAAGAGACAAAGAUGCCCUGGAGGAAGAUUCAGACAGUGCUAGUGAAAUAGGAAGUGAUGAGGACUCUGAAGAUGAAGUCACAAGUGAUGAUAGAACUUCAGCUGAUGAUGAUGAAGAGGAGGAAGAAGAAGAGGAGGAGGAAGAUAGUGAGGAGGAGGAUGAAAGUGACAGUGGUCCUGAUCUGGCAAGGGGUAAAGGAAAUAUAGAAACUAGUUCUGAAGAUGAAGACGAUUUUGCAGAUCUAUUUCCAGAAGAACCUGGUUUUGAACAUGCUUGGAGAGAAUUAGAUAAAGAUGCUCCUCGGGCUGAUGAGAUUACACGCCGACUAGCAGUUUGCAACAUGGACUGGGAUAGAUUAAAGGCAAAAGAUUUGCUGGCUCUGUUCAAUUCUUUUAAGCCCAAAGGAGGAGUUGUAUUUUCUGUAAAGAUAUAUCCUUCGGAGUUUGGAAAGGAGAGGAUGAAAGAAGAGCAAGUUCAAGGACCAGUAGAGUUAUUGAGUAUUCCUGAGGAUGCCCCCGAAAAAGACUGGGCCUCUAGAGAGAAGCUGAGAGACUAUCAGUUCAAACGAUUGAAAUAUUAUUAUGCAGUAGUGGAUUGUGAUUCUCCUGAAACAGCAAGUAAGAUUUAUGAAGAUUGUGAUGGCCUGGAAUUUGAAAGCAGUUGUUCUUUUAUAGACCUAAGGUUUAUACCAGAUGAUAUUACUUUUGAUGAUGAGCCCAGGGAUGUGGCCUCAGAAGUUGAUCUAACAGCAUAUAAACCAAAAUAUUUCACGUCCGCUGCAAUGGGAACAUCAACGGUGGAGAUCACUUGGGAUGAGACUGAUCAUGAAAGAAUCACAACACUUAACAGAAAGUUUAAAAAGGAGGAGCUUUUGGACAUGGACUUCCAGGCCUACUUAGCUUCCUCUAGUGAGGAUGAAGAAGAAGAGGAAGAAGCACCACAAGGUGAGGAUGGAGUCAGUGUAGAAGAUGGGAAAACAAAGAAAUAUCAGAAGGAUGAUGAAGAACAAAUUGCUAAAUAUAGAGAGCUCUUGCAAGUUAUAAAAGAAAAGGAAAAAAAAGGAAAAGAAAAUGAUAUGGAAAUGGAGAUCAAGUGGGUUCCAGGCCUUAAGGAGAGUGCAGAAGAAAUGGUCAAAAACAAGUUGGAGGGAAAGGAUAAGCUGACCCCUUGGGAACAAUUUUUAGAGAAGAAGAAAGAAAAGAAAAGACUGAAAAAGAAACAGAAGGCUCUUGCUGAAGAAGCCAGUGAAGAUGAGCUUCCCUCUGAUGUUGAUUUGAAUGAUCCCUACUUUGCUGAAGAAGUUAAAAAAAUAGGUAUAAAGAAGAAAUCAAUGAAAUGUGCAAAGGGCAGCACAUCUUCAGAGGAAGAAACUGAACUAGAAAAACAAAAGGCUGAAAUGGCCUUGCUUGUAAUGGAUGAGGAAGAAGACAGCAAGAAACACUUCAAUUAUGACAAGAUUGUGGAACACCAGAAUCUGAGCAAAAAGAAGAAGAAAAAGCUUAUGAAAAAGAAGGAGUUGCUUGAGGAUGACUUUGAGGUAAAUGUUAGCGACGCACGGUUUCAGGCAAUGUACACUUCCCACUUAUUCAAUUUGGAUCCUUCUGAUCCUAAUUUCAAGAAGACAAAAGCUAUGGAAAAAAUUCUUGAAGAGAAAGCUCGGCAACGAGAACGAAAAGAAGAACUACUUACUCAAGCAGUGGAGAGAGCUCAGCAGGACACGGGAAAGGCAGCACAGAAGCAGCACUCAGAUCCUGCCUUGUCUUUGCUGAUUAAAUCCGUGAAAAACAAAACAGAGCAAUUCCAAGCCAGAAAAAAACAGAGAGUCAAAUAGCUGGACACUGUCUCUGUGCUCUCAAGUACACAGAAAUAGUUUAAGGGUUAAUGGGAAUGUAGCUAUCUUAACCCCAGCACUCGGGAGGCAGAGGCAGGAGGAUCUCUGUGAGUUCGAGGCCAGUUUGGUCUACAAAACAAGAUCCAGGACAGGCUCCAAAGCCAAACAAAGAAACCCUGUCUCAAAAAUUAAAAAAACAAACAAAAAUAUAUGUAAAAAAAAAUGGUGUCCAUUUUUUUGUGUACAGAUUAAAAACAAAUUUUUAAAAAGUAUAUAUGGAUAUGUACAUAUAUAUUUAUGUUUAUAUAGUACCUUAAUCUCUCAAAACUCGAAGCAGAGCUAAAUAGCUAUUAAGAUAAUUUAUUUUCGUAGCAUAAAGGAUGAAGCUGUGAACUUUUUUCCAUGCUUAGUAAUUUGCAUGUAGAGCUAUUGGAUGAGCAGAAGUGCACAGUGUCUACUAGUUUGCGUUUUUUACUAGUUUUUAUAGUGUCGGUUUGCCUCAUAUAUGUACUUCAGGCAGACUAUUCUGAAAAAAAAACUGAAAUAAGACUGAUGAAAGAAACAGUUCCUUGGAAAGAGUUUCAUUUUUAUAUUGCACAUAAUUUCAUUUGAAAGGCUCGUGGGCUCUGCAGUCAUGUUUCUAUUUGUAGCAACAACAACAAAAAUCCUUCUGUUCUUUAGAUUUUUUAGAAUGUUUUGGAAGGGUAAGUAUACUAGAAUAAAGAGAAUCCCACUUCUUUGUAAAAUUAAAGGACAUCUUCAAGACUAAUGCCCUUUGGUUUAUCUGGUAUAGAUUUUAAGAGCUAUUAAAUGUUUUCUUUGUAAGAGUUGCCAUGGUUGUGGUGCCUCUUCACAGCAAUAAAAACCCAAACUAAAACAGCAGUUGAUACCAGUGAUUGGGGUAUUGUGAUCGGCCUAAUCAUGAUAUUGUUUGGGGUAAUGGGGACUUUGAUACCUUGGGUUUGGAAAGCAGUGAAGUGUUUAAUCACUGCUUAAUGGACCAUAUAGUAAGAGCGUUGAAGACAUAAAUAAUUUUUUCAAUUAGAUCAGAUAAGGGCAAAGGUUAUGGUCUUUGACUUCAUUUUUUGAAAAAGUUUGACAUACUAUGAAAAGACUAUUUGAUGCUCACAUAUGCCUUAAUUGGCACGGUGCUAUUGUUAGUCCUUACUCUUUUUAAAUGUCUCCUGCAGCAUAUUUACAGCAGCGGGCAGCAACUGAGGUGACUCUUCAGGUGUUACUGACUCUUAGGCGUCCCUCUCGCAUUUCUGCAGAGGAGGUUAUGCGUGCCAGCUUAUCUGAAAGUCAAAAGGCUACUUACUGCCUAGUCCCCCCACGUUGGCAGCUCUCCAGGAAUGAAUGUUCUUCAAGGGCUAGUCAGUGACAGGUAAGAGCUUGUUCAGCAGGUCAGUCUAAAACAGGCACAGUCCAGUUGCUGAGCCCACACCCACACAGCUUUAACCUAACACUUAGGAGGCAAUGGAAAAUAGAUCCAUCAGUUGGAGGCCAGCCUGGUAUAGAAAGUAGGUUCCAGGUCAGCUGGGGCUACACGAUGAAAACAAAACAAAAAUAGCAGCUAAGUGUCAUGUUCCUUAAGUCACUAUUGCUUGAUCUUUCACCUUUAGCUCAUUUAAUACAAAUACCAGUGUAGUGACAGUCAAAACUUUGUGGCUCAUAUUGCCCCCUGCCCCUUUCUUGAGGCAGGGUUUCACAUAGUCCAGACUAUAGAACCUUGAGCCUCUGAUCCUCCUGCCUCUACCUUUCAACUCCUGGAAUUAUACAUGUGUCCCAUCAUGCACAAGACACACAGCACUAGGGAAUCAAACUCCAGGGCUCCUGCAUGCUAGGCAAAAACUGCUAAUUGAGCUGCAUCCCCAACCCCAUUUCUCCAUAUUAUCAAAGCAACUGUUUCUACUACAUUGUGAUAAAAUUGUCUGCAACUUGCUGGAACAGGAUGCUUAGAAACUGGGGGGGUUUCCAGAUUUCUGGACGUGGACCCAAGUCAAGGGAAGUGAGAUAAACUCCCCUAGAAAGCCACUGAGCCUCUGUUGUGCUGGUGUCCCUAGCAUUUUGAUUCCAAGCUGUUCUCAUCAUCUCUGGGUUCACAUCAUCACCUUCCUCCAAACAUACAGAACCAGUGCCAGACUCAGGCACAAGGGAAAAUGGAGUCGUGUGUGAGAGAGUCUAUGCCAAGCCUUAAAUGUGAGUUCUACAUUACCCGAAAUCUGCCAAGUAGCAGAGACAACAUCGCUACAUGGUGUGACAGUGCCAAAGCAAACAGACUGUCUUGGAAGUGUGUACUAGGGAAGCUGAGAGAAGUGUCUGCUUGGGACUUAUGAAGUGUUUUCAUUAAUUUUUAAAAUUUAAAAUAAAAUUUCCCCAUCAC